GUUUGGCCAGCUUGACGCGGGACGGUGACGCCAUCUUGAAAUUGUCCCGACCAGAGGAGGCGAGGAGGAGACGGACUUGGGAAAAACCAGCUCGUCCUUAAAACUCGGUGGCUGCGUUAGCCGCACGGAUUAACGGCAGCUUUAGGGGCCACUGCCACCACGGGAGAGCGUUUGCACUCGUUCGCUGAAGUCGUUUCGACGACGGGGAGGCUGUUUGGCACACUUUGGAGCGGACCGGAGGGAGCCUCGUAGUCGGUUGUUUCCCCGUUGGAGCGGGCUGAGCUCCGGUUGUGGCCGGGCAGCCCCGUCUGACUGUCGGACCAAACUGACGCUUCCACACGGAAUAUAACAACACGCCGUUAACGCGUCUGGAGGUUGGAUUUGCUCAUAUAUCAGCAACCUUUUUUAUUUUUUUAUUUUUUUUAAAGCUGAAGUUUGAUUGGAGAGCGGUGUGCGCUUGAUUUCCAGUCCGAUGGAUGUUAGCCCUGCCCGGCUGUGGCUCGGCUCGCUGCUCCGCUGCUGUGAGAAAGAAACAGGUUGAACACAGGUGAACACGUCGCUUCAUAACAAUGCUGCAGACCUGCCAAGUACAUGACAGCCCGGGCUUGAAUGCCAACAAGUCGCCCUCCAUUGCUUGUCUUUAAAAAAAAAAAAACCUGGAAAUACCACCGACCCUCCUCCUCCUCCUCUUCUCCUUCUUCAUCCCCCUCUCCUCUGCCUUUUUUUUCAGGCUGGCAUCACCUGGGAUAAUUUUUCAUCUUGUUAAAAAUGUCCUUUCUGCAGAGACGGUGCUCUGUUGAGCUGCAAGACAUUUAAUUUGACUCAUUUGUUUUUUUUGAUAUUUUUUUAUUUUUUUGUUUUGUUUUUGUUUUUUUUUCUCUUUCCAAGUCAGAGGAUCACAUUCGGAUGGAAAAUGGGAGACGCCACCAAACUGGCCUUCGCCGUUUUCCUCAUCUCCUGCUCUUCAGGUGCCAUCCUGGGUCGCUCGGAGACGCAGGAGUGCGCCUACUACAACUCCAGCUGGGAGAAGGAGCGCACCAACCGCAGCGGCAUCGAGCCGUGCUACGGCGAGGAAAACAAACGGCGGCACUGCUUCGCCACGUGGAAGAACGUCUCCGGCACCGUGGAGGUCGUCAAGCAAGGCUGCUGGCUGGACGACGUCAACUGCUACGACAGUAAUGAGUGCGUGGAGAGGAAGGAGACUCCCGACGUCUACUUCUGCUGCUGUGAAGGCAACAUGUGCAACGAGAGGUUCCUGUACGCCCCUGAAGUGCCGCCACAGACCAACACGCACCAGUCCACCGCCUACACCACCUCCAACCCAUUUUCCCAGAAGCCCCAGCUCUUCAGCACCCUGCUUUACUCCCUGGUUCCCAUCAUAGGCCUGGCCGCCGUCGUCCUCUUCUCCUUCUGGAUGUGGAGGCACCAUAAACUGGCCUACCCGGCCGCCCUCGUUCCCACACAUGAUCCCGGGCCCUCACCCCCGUCCCCCCUUUUGGGACACAAACCUCUGCAGCUGAUCGAGGUGAAAGCCAGGGGGCGCUUUGGAUGCGUGUGGAAGGCGCAGCUGCUCAACGAUUACGUGGCCGUUAAGAUCUUCCCCAUCCAGGACAAGCUGUCUUGGCAGAACGAGUAUGAGAUCUACAGCGUGAGCGGCAUGAAGCACGACAACAUCCUCCACUUCAUCGGCGUGGAGAAGAGGAACAACAACCUGGACCUGGAGCUGUGGCUCAUCACCGCCUACCACGACAAGGGCUCGCUGACAGACUACCUGAAGGCCAACGUGGUAUCGUGGAACGAGCUCUGCCACAUCGCUCAGACGGCAGCUCGCGGCCUGGCCUACCUCCACGAAGACAUCCCGGGACAUAAAGACGGACACAAGCCCUCCAUCGCUCACAGGGACAUUAAAAGUAAGAAUGUGCUGCUGAAGAGCAACCUGACAGCCUGCAUAGCUGACUUCGGCCUUGCUCUGCAGUUUGAAGCGGGGAAAUCAGCAGGAGACACACAUGGACAGGUGGGAACGCGGCGCUACAUGGCUCCCGAAGUCCUGGAAGGUGCCAUCAACUUCCAGCGGGACUCCUUCCUGCGUAUCGACAUGUACGCCUUCGGCCUCGUCUUAUGGGAGCUUGCGGCGAGGUGCACAGCCGCUGACGGCCCGGUGGAUGAGUACAUGCUCCCAUUUGAGGAGGAGGUGGGUCAGCAUCCGUCUCUGGAGGACAUGCAGGAGGUGGUCGUUCAUAAGAAACUGAGGCCCUGCCUGCGAGACUGUUGGCAGAAACACACGGGUCUGGCCAUGCUUUGCGAAACCAUCGAGGACUGCUGGGACCACGAGGCCGAGGCUCGCCUGUCCGCCGGCUGCGUCGAGGAGCGUAUCGGCCAAAUGCAGCGCCAAGCCCCGAUCAUCGGCCCCGAGGAGAUCGUCACUGUCGUCACCAUGGUGACCAACGUGGACCUCCCGCCCAAGGAGUCCAGCUUAUGAUCGGCCAAUCCACCGACACCGGAUGAGCGGAUAGCGGAAGCACGGAUCAACACGAGGGGAUGAGCAGCCGACCCUGGUUGGUUGGCGUAGUGGGGUUUUUUUUUUUCCUUUCUUUUUCUUGUUUUGUUUUUGUUUCUCUCUUUUACUUUUUUCGUUUUUUUUUGUUCCUUUAAGUGCGGGCCGCUACUCGCGUUCAGGAAACACCCUGCGCCCACCUCACCACAUCAGUUGAUAUCCACCUCAUUUUGAUAUGUGUGCCUGAGGAUUUUAAACAUUUUAACGGUUGAAACUCUCUCAUCCCGAGCAAAAACGAUUAUCAGGAUUAUUACGUCGACGACAAACAAACUAAAAAAAAAACGACGUGACAGAGUGAUAGCGCUUGACAUGCUGGGACACUUUUAUCAUGUAUUGUUUUUAUAUACAUACACUCACGUAGGAGGGCGACCUGUUCUGCUCGGUUUUCUACGGAGAGAGAAGAUCCGGCGGAGAAAAUUUCACAGAAAAACUCUCGGUGCAUUUUAGUGUAAAAAAAAAAAUCAAAAGAAAAAGGAAAAAAAGACGAGCACCUGGCUCUGGAUACAUUUGCUGUUUUCUCGUGUGCAUUUUAUUUUUUGUUUUCUUCUUCUUUUUUUUCUGUUUUUUUUUUGAAGAAACGAUCGUUCUGCCAAUAAGCAACGGCUUCUGAAUGUUUAUAGUGUAAUGCUGCUGUACAUAGUGUAUUAUGGACCCAGACAACUUGGUAAUCAAGCUUAUUUUAAAGGGUUGAGGGGGAAGGUGGGAGGGGGGUCCAUUUUCAAGCAUUACGACGAUUAAAAAAAAAAAAAAAAAAAAACCAUAAACCUCCUUCAACCAGGUAUACCUCACUUCAGAUGGACACAGUUUAAAUUAGUCCCUCUCCCUGUUCACAGUCAUAGCUCACACUUUUUCCACAACCUUGGCUCUCGACAUCCAAACAGUCUGCUGUCAGCCGUGACACUCAUGGGUAAUGUAGUCAGCAAAGCCUCGAUGAUUAUACAUGGCCAUACACACCGUAAACACAAGUGUUUCUCCCUUUUUCCUCCCCUUUUCUCAGUCUCACGUUUUUAGUUUUUUGCUCCACUUUGAUUUUUGUUUUUUAUUUUUUUGACUGAAUAACAACUUGUUUAGUUUUUCUCUCUCUCUCUCUCUCUUUGAGAUUUUCUUCUGAUAAUGGGUAAAAAAAAACAAAAAAAAAGCAUACCCCCAUGAUGAAGUUGUCAUUUAAGGUGAUAUUUUUUUUCCGUUUUGGUUUGCUGUGUCAAUUGUCAACGGUGUAAUAAUAUCUAUCGCUGACAAGCCUAAUUUUGCCCGUGAGAUUUGGAUAUACAGUAUAUGUAUUUAUAUCUCUCUGGAUUAGCGCUGGGUACCAACUAAUGUUACCUUUUUGAUGUUUGGUAUCAAAUCAGACGGUAUUAAGAGGUAUAUUCUUCUUGUUCUUAUCAUUUUGUGAGAUGUGUGGUCUGGUUCUGUUUAGAAAACGACGAUUAACAAAAUGGAUCAUCCGAUAUGGAGAGGUAUCAGAUUUGAAGUGCGGUUUUGAGGAGGUUUCCAGGGGUACCCAGCCCUACUUUGGAAAUUAUACCUGUAUUUAGCUGAGCCAGCUUGCUUUUUUGAUUUGAUUGCACACAUCUUUUUUGGAUUACUAUCAAGAGUUUUCUGCUCUCUUUUGAUACACCUCAGGAAUCUUUGCUACUCACCACCUCCUCACAUCUCCCACCUCUUCAUCCUCACCUGUCUUGGACUGGAAUACCUCCUCUCUCUCUUUCUUUCUCUCUCUCUCUCGCUGAUUCUUACGCUCUCUCUCUCUCUCUCUCUCUCUCUCUGUCUCUCUCUAUCUCUAUCUUCCUUGCCUCAUCUCGACUUGUAAAGGGGUUUAUCCGUGCUGUCGUGCUCAAAAACUUCUCGAGAACCAAGUUGAAACCUCACCCAACUCUAGUCAGUACGUUGGCAAGUGUUUAUAGUCCCUCUAGAACCAAACCAUGUUUUAUGUCUUUUUCCAGAGUUGGACACAACCUGCUGUAAGCUGACAGAUUCAACAGUUUUCACAAAAUGAGUGGGUGAUUUUAUGUUCCUGACACAGGGCUGAAAUAAAUGGGUUUUGAAAUCCUGCUGACACUAACCAAAUGAUCACACGGCGAACUGCAAAUUGGACGAGUUGAGACAAGGAAUCUCUCUUUCUCUUUCAUCCUGGUGCCAUCUUUCCGUAUCCAUAUUAGUUACUCUUGUAGAUGUCAGGCAAAACGGAUGUAUCUGUCAUUGUUGUGAAGGCAACAAUGACAUUUUUGAGUCUUUAUUUCCUCUGAGGGACAUUGAACACUGGUGCCGGCAGACCUGCAGUCUCUCCUCAAGUUUUGGGACGGUUUCACAAGACACAGUUUAAGAUCAAGCGGUUAUAAAAUCAAGUUUUGUGGUCAGAAAUACUUAAAAGCAUGAAGAAACUUCUUUCUACCAAACCAUUUCACAUUCAGGGCAAUACAUAAUUCUGUUUUCUUUAUAACAUGCUUAACAUUUUAAGCAAACCAUACUGUAGCGCUCGAGGAAACAAGAGCCAAAUACUAAAAAAUGAAAGUGAUUUUUCCUUAUACUCCAAUUCUUUACAGCAAGUGAGUCUAACAUUGAGUUAAAUAUUUGUUGUGAGCGCAUACAUGUACUCCAAUUAUUCUUUAUUCUUCCAAAUUACAGACUUUACAGGGCCAGCCUAACUUAAUAUUAACGAGCAAAUCCACCAAGUAACCCAGGAACUAGAAGAAGUAAAAAGUAAAGAACCUUCAGUGCUCAGAAACUGUAUUUGCUUUCCUGCUACACUUCUAAAACGGUAAAUUCAGGAGUAAGAGACAGUUUGAGAUAUAAUUUCAGCGCAUAACAGUACUGCAACAACACCGCAAACCUGAAGGAAGUAGAAGCCAUCAUCUUAUUUACUUACUGUAGCAUGAGUACGAUAUUUGCAUUGAUAUCGCUUCCUUUUGCUGCUGCUGUUUUUCAAUCAACUGCUAUUCAAAACCAGACAUUAUCCAAUGUCCUCAUGAAGCUUAAACAGUCAGGGACGAUCAGUACUGCAAACCCCAGCAGCCCUUCAAUAAAGUACUACCUCACUCGCAGGGAUUUCUUUGGGGUAGAAAGUAUGGCGAAUAAACCAAAAUCGUAAUCCAGUUAAAAAAAAGAUUAAAAUACCCAAGUUCUUUGCAAAUUUCCUGAACGGGGGGGAAAGUUUGGGGUGUCGUUUCUUGGAGUAGACUCCAGUUUCUCCCCAUAUGUUUGACAAAUGAAGCUAAAAAGAAGUUUCCUCAUUUUUACCAUGAUGCAGUAUCUCGUUCCAUUACUGUACAAGACUGAACGACAGCAGAAGGCUUCUCAUUGAGAAGGAAACAUCUCAACAUACACUGUCUUGACACAAACGUUGAGGAAAAACACCAGUAUUACCCUUGUUUUGUCCCCAAGUUUGUACUCUCCAAUGCAAAACUUACUCACCAGUAUUUCAGCAGCCAAGUGAAUUUUAAAAACUGCCUCCAAAUGUUGGUUGGUUACCUGCCAAAGUGGCUGGUAGAGUCGACAAACCUAUCAGCCACAGCAAAAAAACCUGCCAGUGUCUGGUUGGCGGUCACAUCCCAGUACUGUAGGUAGAUGAUAGAUGUUCAGUGUUUGACAACUUGAGUUUAAACUGCGCUUGAGAAACCAACCCAAACCGACAAAAUACCAUUCAGGGAUUCAGUACUAUGCUUUUCUAAGUUCUCGCGAGUUAUAUGCAACCAGUGCCGCAAACUACCCUACUACUUCUGUAGGAUCAGCUGCAGGAGUGACUUUCGAUAUACACACACACACAAAUAACUUGUAGCAUUUUAAUUUUUUUUUUUAAUCCGUGACCUUGCAUAUUGAUAUGUUGUAUUUAUUUUUUAAUUUACAGGCCUGAGGUUUUGGGGAUCAGAGCUCAGGUGCAACUCGGAAUAAAGUUGUAAGAGUUGGCACGAUUUAUGGUUGUUGUUGGGGGGUUGGGGGUGGGUGUUCGGUUGUAAUUCAGGAAAUACUUUCAUUAAUUCAAAAAGAAAAAGAUAUAAACUGUAACAUGCUUCUUUCUAUUCAGUCUAUGGACAAACGACCGAGAAUGAAUGUUCUUCAGACUCCUGGAUUCCAGUAUUGUGUGUACUUUGAUGGAUUGAGCCCGGCCCUGUGUAACUUUAGAGGGCUUUGCGUUUGGCUGGUUUCGUGUGAUUGUGCCCUGACGCUGUAGAAACUAGUAAAACUGACACACUUGGGAAAUCUAUUCAUACACCUCUUGGUUUUAGGGUUACCUGCUGAAGAUGUGAACCUGCUCUAAGAGCAAUGAAAACAACAGAAAUGGCAAGUUUGGUGCAUUAUUUGAUAGUUAAUUGCCAAGCUCCCAAAGAGGAUUUGAACCUCGCCAGUCCUGUGUUACCAAAAGAGGUACAUCUUCUGGCCUUCCUGUUGCUUUGGCCAUCUUUAAAUCUUGAUGCGGUGCCUAGUUUCUAAAACAACGAUCUUCAUCAGCUCCUGGAUCUUUUAAGAAACAUUUCAGUCGAUUCAAAAUAAAUGUCUGGGUCUGCAUCCAGAUGUUAUCAUUAAGGCGAUUCGAGACAAUCUUGUGUAACAAUCACAGAUGAGCUAAACCUCUUUGCUUCCCCCUCAGUGAGGUCUUGACGAUCUUAGCAAACCUUUUCUGACUCAUCUAUGGUCUAAAUAUGCUCCGAAAAUUGUCAUUUUAACGGUGUAUGAAUGGGUUUUCCCAAGCAUGCUGGCUUUAUGGUUUUCUAUCUCGACUUCCUCCAGCCCAGCACCUCACAUUGCUGUGCAUAUAAACUACCAGUGAAACAUUUGUGUCUUGUUGCCCCCACUAUUUUAAGCAGUCUAGGCUCUGUACAGACAUGAGAACAUAAAUACCUGUAUCAACUAUAUACUCUGAGCUGAAUCUUUAUAAGUGCGUGUUGAACUUCAGUGUUUCCUCUACAUUCAUUUAUACUUUUCUUGUGUUUUGACUCAGCAGUGGGGCUUAGUCUGGCUGCAUAAAAAUUGUCCUUCACUAUGCGAAAAAUAAGUUGAGCUUUGUGUAAGCUAAAAGCUAGAGGCUCAUUGGAGUACUUUGUAAGGCAUCCAAGAAAGCACUUAAGGGUUCCUUGGCAAAUGAACUUUUAUCCCAGGACGUUCCUCAAGGAACCUCCCCGGGUCCCCUGGCAAUUCGAAUUUUAAAGAAUCCCUGACGCUCUUUAAGAGCAGUUGCAAUACUUCAUAUGUGAUAGUGCAAUCACCCACUACAGGUAUUUCAUUCCAGCAUCUCAAUCUCCUGCUUUUUCCCACAGUUGGUAAGAAUUUUAGAGGAAACAUUGAACUCCAAUGACCUCGCCGCCAAGACUUGUCUUGGCAGCAGGAUAAGUCUGGUUGCCAGGCCUGAAAUUUCUACAACAAAAAAUACAAAAAAAAAACAAAAACAAACAAAAAAAACAAAAACACUACAAGCAUUUUUUGACCCCACAUUUCUCAAAGCUCUUGAGUCGCAGCACUGAUCCAGGAUCUGCCAACGGGACCUCUAAUGGUAGUGAUGCUCACAGGGUUUCUGGUAGUCAAGGCCGGAAGAUCAUUUUUGAUCAUGAAACUUGUAUUAAAAAAAAGAAAAAAGUCUAAAAUUAUGAAAUUGUCUCGUUUCUUUACUCCUAAUACAUGUGACUGUACGUUUUAUGUUAUUUAGAAAAAAUGUGAAAAUAGGACAAGAAACGAAGAUCUGGAAUUUCAAACUGGAAAGAAACAAAAGCAUCCCACAGCAAGAGUGAAUUUUUACCAGCUCCAGGGGUUCUCAGCAUGACCUCUGACAUUUAACCUUCCAGUAAAGGACAAGGCAGGAUUAGAAAAAAGAGAAUCCCCUUCGAAAAGUAUAACAGCAGUACAUAACCUUCAGAAACCCUGGAAACAUUAUCACAGAGGAGACAACACUGAUCCCUGAUCAGCGCUGCGACUCUCUGCAAAUGGUUUUUAUCAGCUGAAGUGAUCCACGUGAUGUAAAUAAAUGUGUUUUUAGAUUGUGAA